UUUAACUAGAUGUCAGUAUCAGUUUAUUAUAAACAGUAAUGCGAAGAUAAGAGCAAAUCCUAACCUUAUUGGGGCUCCUGAAUCCUAACAGAACCAGAUUUGAAGAAAGGAAUGCAGUGAGAAAAGGAAACAAGAUUGGAGCAUCUCGUCCUGAAGACCACAGUUCUAGAAGGCUGUCAAACCAGUCUGGAAUUCAAGGGAGGACACAAGACCAUGGACCGGGGUAGUGUGGCUUUGGAAAUUGACAAAAAUAGGGUUCACCUGUAAGUGGUAGUGCUUCAGUGGCUUAGUGGAGUCUGACUCUGCGACCCCAUGGACUAUAGCUGGACAGGCUCCUCUGUCCGUGGAAUUUCCCAAGCAAGAAUAUUGGAAUGGGUUGUGAUUUCCUUCUCCAGGGGAUCUUCAGCAUCUAGAGAUCAAACCCACCUCUCCCACACUGGCAGGUGGAUUCCUUACCACUGCACCACCUGGUGGGGACUUUUUUCUACGAGGCAUAGGAUCUAGAUCAUCUCAGUAUCAAGAAUUCCUUCAGUUUGGGCAAUUUUUGAGACUUGUAGCAAGUUUGAUAAAUAGUGUUACAAAGGCAACAAGGAUGCCAAGUAGGGAAAGUGGGGGCAGGGGGAGAGGAGGGCAUGGAGCAGACCUAUGUUAACAGUGACGGCCAAGGUGGGAAGAAGUGCUGAUUUAAAAACCAGAGGCGAACGUGUAAAUCUACGUGUAAAUCUAUGGCUGAUUCAUAUCAAUGUAUGACAAAACCCACUGAAAUGUGAAGUAAUUAGCCUCCAACUAAUAAAAAAAUAAAAAUAAAAAUAAACCAGAGGCGAUGCGGGCGCCCUACCCCACACCAUAGCUGCAGUACCUGCUUUAAUGCAGUUCCCUCAGGCGCUGUUGACUGGCCUGAUUUUACUCUUUCUGGCUCUACUUUCUCCUACCAUGCCUCUUAAUAUUGCAGGUCUAUGUAAAUAACGUUCUCCCCUUGUAGGGAUUGCAAAGGAAUUGCUGUGGAGCGUAAACGACCUCUGAUUACUAGGGCGGGGUCUACGAUUCUUCACCCUAGGAGAUCAAAUGACAAGGUGAAACUCCUGUGGGCAGGCAGGUGGCCGCCGCCCCCUGCGCAUCCGGAGCUGGUGGGCGCGCACGGGGGCUGUGCGUUUCUCCACUCCCCCACCCGCUCUCCGCGAGCCCUUUAAGGCGCCGGCGCGGCGCUUACGUGUAAGCGCGAGGCGACUACGUGGCCGCACUCACUGGGCGCCCUCCGCCGAGCUUCUGCGUGGCCAUGGACAUAGGCGCCGAUGAGUUCGAGCAGAGUCUCCCUCUGCUGCAGGAGCUCGUCCUGGGCGCGGACUUCGUGGGUCUGGACAUAGAGUUCACGGGCCUGCGUUCUAACCUGUCUGGGCCCCAGCAGAUCAGUCUGUUUGACUUGCCAUCAGAGUGGUAUCUAAAGACCCGUCAGAGUAUUCAGCAAUUCACCAUCUGUCAGAUCGGAUUGUCUGUGUUCUCCAGUAUUGAAGGCGAGUCGAACAAGUACGUAGCUCAUUCAUGUAACUUCUUCCUCUUCCCUACGACAUUUGGGGUUUUGGACUCAGAGUUCUCUUUCCAGGCUUCCAGUGUUCAGUUUCUGAACCAGUACGGCUUCGACUAUAACAAGUUUCUCAAAAAUGGAAUCCCCUAUAUGAACGAAGAACAGGAGAAGAAAAUUAAGCACAACAUCCUGACUGGGAACUGGAAAGUUCGCAGCUCUCUGGACAAAGACCAGAUCAAGGUGGUGAUUGACGAGGUGACGCGCUGGCUGGACCUGGCAGAGGAAGGGGACUGGAUGACCCUCCCUGGCAUCGCUGGCUUCCAGGCCUUCGAGGUCCAGCUCGUGCUGAGGAAGGCCCUCCCUGACAUCUGGACAGUGCUGAGAGACCAAGGGGUGGUUGUGAAGAAGGUGAGUACGCAGCACCGCUGGUAUCUUGAAAACACCUCCUGUGAUCGAGAGAGCUGCUGGAAGGAGAAGAUCCUUCUCUCUGCGAGGGGCUUUUCCGUGUUCUUCCAGAUGCUGGUGAAAGCUCGGAAGCCCUUAGUGGGACAUAACAUGAUGAUGGAUCUGCUGCAUCUCCACGAGAAGUUCUUCAGACCUCUCCCAGAAAGCUACGAUGAAUUUAAGCUGAAUAUCCACAACCUAUUUCCUGUUCUCAUUGACACCAAGAAUGUGACAAAGGAUAUCUGGAAGGAACUCAAUUUCCCAAGGGUUUCAAAUCUCUCAGAAGUUUAUGAAGUCCUGAACAGUGACUUGAACCCCACCAAGAACUCCGGGCCAGUGAUCAUUCACGCCAGCAGGUGUGAGAAGUACGUGGAGACCAAGUACCCCCACGAAGCAGCAUACGACGCCUUCCUUUGCGGGUCAGUUCUGUUGAAGGUGGCGCACCUCCUCCUGUGGAGGGUACACAGUGCUAUUCCCAUCCCCGAGCCCAGCUUCCCCCUCUACCUGGACGUGCUGGCGCCCUACGUGAACCAGGUGAAUCUUAUCCGAGCCGGGGUCCCCAAAAUCAACUUUGCAGGCCCAGACUCCCCCAGCAUCCGCCCCCCCAUCCUCAUCCUCACCGUCAGGAGGUGGCCGGGGGUCAGCGAGCAGCAGGUCUACCGCGAGUUUCAGAACCUCUGCAAGUUCGACGUGAGGAGGCUCACACGGAGCCAGUUCCUGCUCAUGACCAAUAAGUUCAAGGACACGCGGAGCAUCCUGAAGGAGUAUAAGUGCCACCCGACACUGCGAGUCUCCCUGUACCGCUACUGGAGACACUCCCCGAACAUCAACUGCCUGCUACGGGUCUGCGGCAUCGUUACCACCUGGGCCUUCAUCGCGUUUCUCCUGGGAGGAGCUGGCCCCUGAGGGCAGCGAGGCCGCCUGCAGCCCUGUCCCGUCUCCACACGACCCCCAGCAGGGCUGUGUGUUUACCUCACAUCCUCCGUGCAGAUGGAUCGGUCCCGUCCUCACAGGGAACUGUGUUCUGUUUUCAGCGUGAAAAAGUCUGUCAAUAUUAUCACUAAUAAGUCCUUUGUUUGUGGCCCAAACGUUUCUUUGUAUAAAUGACUGAGGGGAAGUCACGUCUCCUGGGUAUUUAAGCUCACAUUCCAGAGUGUCUUCUGAACGGACAGCUAGGCAUCCAGCGGAGCUGGCCGCUGAGCAGGCCAAAGACUCUGUUAUUUCUGGGAGAGAAAUCAUUAGCCAGUCAGUUGACAGGGAUUUAGGCCUAAGAAAUGGCCCAAGUUUUAGUAAAGGGGAAAAGUAAAGCCAAGUGUCCACGUGCAUAGGUGCUGAUCUGUUUUUUAUUUUGGGGUUUCGCUUUGGGGCUUUUUUGUUUGUUUGUUUUCUGGGUCAAAAGUAGUUUUUAUUGAGGAGAAAAGACCCCAGCCUACAAAUGUGCUACUCGUAGUUAAAAUUUUAUGUGUUUAAGUUGCAGAAUAUAGUAUUUCAUAGGUUAGAAAAGAGAACAGUUAAUAUCAGAAUCAUGGAAAAUGCUAUGCAGAACAAGUAAAUAGGACAUUGUAUCAUUAGAUUUGUGUAGUUCAGCUCUAGUGAGUAUAAAGGCAGGUUGAUUUUCCUUUUCGUUUAUAUGUUCACUGACUUGGCAAAUAUUUACUGAACUUCUAUAAUGCCUAAGAUACUAGAACAUGUCUUUUGGAUGUUUAUGGUAAUAAUCAUUUAGUUUUUGUUUUUUAACUGAGUUUCUAUCUAUAAAAUUAUACUUGGCCCCUGAUGUUUUGCUAAGAAGUUUCCCCUCAGAUAAAUAGGGGUAGAGCAGGCUAAGGUUUUAUGACCCAUGUUUGAGAUAAAUAUGAUAAACCCUAAAGCGUUAAUAUUCACUUUGGAAACAAAGUGACCUGUAGCACAGGUGUGUGCCCCGAGACAGGUAGGAUCAGAUUCUUUUCUUUCCUCAGCAGUGCCGUGCACUUCACGUGGCUUUAUCGGGAGCUGUUCUCUACUGGGGGUUGAACUUGGCUGGGCUGUGUGCUCAGCCUUGAACUUCACUUCAUUAUUCAGCAAAGCCUUGAGCUCUGUGCGAAAGAGGUUUUUUCCUCUGUAAAAGCAGAAGUGUUAGAGAUGGCAGUCACCCAGAAGAAGAGCUGGGGAGCUGCCGCCCCUUGCUGUCCUGGGGUGUGAGUGACACGCUCUGACCGAUGGGCUGCUGUCCCUACAGCCUUCCGGGCAGCUCUUGUGUUCAGACCGGUGAAACGCUUCCCUCGGUCGGGGGAAAAGGGCUUUAUCCAUCUGUCCACACAGCGUCCUGGGGGGAUGUUUUUCUUUCUUUUAAUUUAUUUGGCCACACCAGGUCUUAGCUGUGGCAUGCAGGGACUCUUAGUUGGCAGCAUGUGGGAUCUAGUUCCCUGACCAGGGAUCGAACCUGGGCCUCUUGCAUUGAUAGCACUGAGUUUUAGCCACUGGACCACCACGGAAGUCCCGGGGAAUUUUUGUUUUGUUUUUGUCUUCCUGUUGGAUAUUCCUUUGUGUAUGCAACGGAAAAUUCCCACUGUUUAUGGGCUUUUGGGACCCCAUCUCACGGAUGUGAGCCCUGCAGUCUGUAAGCAAACCUGAGAAGUGAAGACAGACUUCUCAGCUGAGCCUGUACAGUGACCAUGUUGACCUCCCGGGGGUCAGGGCCUGAGCACUGAGCUGUCUUAGUUCUGCAGCGAGAGACCCUGUAGUGGUUUUUGCAGACAUUACUCAUUUGCUCAUUUAACUCUCUGUCUCUUCGUAAGCUGUUGCGGAGUCCCUGCUACGGGCGCCCUCACUCAGCAGGGCCUCCGUGCUGCAGUCAGCAUCCUGCCGUCCGUCCGUCCGUGGGGACCCCGGCUGGCUGCACGGUCUGCUGUCCCUCCUGGAGGAGGCUUUGGUAGUGGGAUCUGAGCUGCUCAACCCAUGACCUCGAUGGGUUUCCGUUUACUAACUUCCCUGAGGUGCCACGCUGGAGGUGCCGAGUCCGGGAAGCGCCCUGCUCGUACCACCUCCUGCCCUGUGUCCCCAGACAGAGCCUCGGGGUUUGGGGGGCAGCUCUGGGUCUCUUGCCCCCACUCUCUCCUCAGCUCAGCUGGUUGUUCAUGUCGGGGCCUCUUGUGCCGCCCCUUCCCCAUCAUCAAAGGCAAGAACCAAAGCAAGAAACAGAUAAACUGGAUCCCCUCCCGUCUGUGUGUAUCUCACGUCUCCCUUACCCGCUCAUUUGCUGAGAGACUUCUGUCGUUUCCUUGUCUUUGGCCGUGGUGAAUAAUGCUUCAGGAAACGGUGGGUGUGCACAUCUCUCUUUGAUGGUUUGUUUUCAUUUCCUUUGGAUGUAUACCCAGAAGUGGGGCUGCUGGAUCAUAUGGUAGUUUCAUUUUUAAUUUUUUGAGAAACCUUGGCGUUCUCCAUAGUGACUGAACCAGUUUACAGUCCCACCAGCAGUGCACAUGGGUUCCCUUUCCUCCACAUCCUUGCCAACACUCACAACCUGUUGUCUUUCUUGAUAAUAGCCAUUCUUAUAGAGGUGAGUUUAUCUCCUUGUCUCAUUGUGGGUUUGUUUGUUUGAUUUUUUUGGCUGUGCCACUGGCUUGUAGGAUCUUAGUUCACUGAUCAGGGAUUGAACCCAGGCCCUGGCAGUGAAAGCGCCAAGUCCGGAAUCCCAAGCCCUGGACCAUCGGGGGAUUCUGUCAUUGUGGGUGGUUUUGAUUUGCAUUUCUCUGACGUGGCUCAGUGGUAAAGUACCCACCUGCCAUGCAGAAGGUGUGGGUUCAGUCCCUGGGUCAGGAAAAUCCUCUGGAGAAGGAAAUAUCUACCCAC